CAUUCUAGACGUGAAGUUGUGAACACGUCAGUAAGACUGUUGAACAUUGAGUGAACAUCGACUGUCUUUCUUGCGCAGCAAACGCAAGUGCUGCAUCAACAGACUCCUUGGCAGAACGCGAGGAGGGCAGAGGGGUACUGUGACGACGAUUUUAGUAAUGUCUCUUGAGAAAUAACAUUAUAGCGUCUCUAAACAUGACUUCGGUGUGGAAGAGACUUCAGCGUGUCGGCAAGAAAGCGUCGAAGUUCCAGUUUGCGGUGACUUUUCAAGAACUGACAGUAGAAUGCACGAAGAAAUGGCAGCCAGACAAACUGAGAGUAGUAUGGAGCAGGAGAAACCGGAGAAAUUGCACCAAGCUGCAUGGGUGGCAGCCUGGCAUCAAGAACCCCUACAGGGGCACGGUGCUGUGGCAGGUGCCCGAAAACCUGGACAUCACAGUCACACUCUUCAAGGACCCGACUGCAGAUGAAUUUGAAGACAAGGACUGGACAUUCAUCAUUGAGAAUGAGACUAACAAGGGCCACAGGAAGGUGCUGGCGUCGGUGGACGUCAACAUGAAGAAGUUUGCCAGCGCCACCCCUGCCCAGUACGACCUGACGCUGAAGCCCAAGCCCCUGUCUGUGAAGGUGGUGGAAGCCACACUCAAACUGACCUUGACCUGCGUCUUCCUCAAAGAGGGCAAAGCCACAGAUGAGGACAUGCAGAGUCUGGCCAGUCUGAUGAGCCUGAAGCAGAGUGACAUCGGCAACCUGGACGACUUCAACGAUAGUGACGAGGAGGAGGGCGAGAGGAGGGUCAGCAUCGGAGCCGGCAUGGGCCCCGCCACUCCCGUCACAGCACCCGCGAGAAGAAUAUGUGAUCAGGCAUGGAGGCCUGUGAUUGACCCAGAGCCCACAGAGUUUCAGAGGCAGUUGAGCACUCUGACAGAGGAGGAAUACAGCACUGCCACAACUCCCAACCACACUGCUGGAAUGAUCAGUAUUGCCAGUCAGAGGCCAGACCCAUCAACAUCCACACUUGACCCAUUGGCUAAGCCCUUUGGGACAACAGUCCAUGAGAGAAGGCAGGAGGCCUUCUCAAUGUUUGGAGUGGAGGCUGUCCAGGCAAUGGCACGCCCUUCAUGUCAGUCUCCCAUCCAAGUGGGACAGACAUUGCGGUAUGGGAUGGGAGCAACUGUUGACAAUGAGCCAAAAGAGCCAGACCACAGCCAGACCACUUGUGAGGUUGUGGCCCUGGCAAAGUGUCAAGUUAUAGAGGACUUGGAGAUGAUAUGUAAGGAAGAAAUGGAAGAGGAAGUCAUAGAGUCAGGCUCCGGAAUAGAGCAUUCUGGGAAGGAAGAGGUUACUGUGGCUAGGCAGGUGGAAGUGUAUGAGAUGCGACCAGAAAACAUGGUUUCUCUGCCGCCAUCAUGCCUAAGAGUUGCCAGUGCACCAGGGUUUCUAUCCACUCAAGCAUCCUGUUCAGAGGCCCAGUUAGAAUACUGUCCAGUGGACAAUAGCAUAUUAUGGGAGACGCCAAGAAAGGAUGGGUCAGAGCUCUCUAUCGAAAGAUCACAAGAGAAGAGAGACCUGGUGAGAGGAAUGGCAGAUAUGGUCGCAUCUUGUCCAAGCACUGUCAGCAUUCCGGGAUUUCUGUCUCCACAUCUGUCCAAGGAAGUCAAGUUAGAGAGGGAACCUAGCAUGGCAGAUCUAAUGCCAUCCUGCCCAAGACUGGCUGGCACACUUGGAUUCCCUUCUCUUGAAAGUAAAGUAAAGGAGUGUACAAUCAACAUUGAGGCCAUUUGGGAGAAGCCCCCGAAGGGGAAAAAAAGGAUGGCCUUUAUGUCCACUCCACAUUUGGACAGAUUAAACGAAGACAAAAAGCUAAUGAAACACAUAGUGGCUCUGGUACCAUCAUGCCCUACUACAACAAGUAUUCCUGGCUUCCCCUCUGCACCACAUCCCAAAGCUGAGGUAUAUCCAAGUAUGUUGAGUCAUGUGCCAGCGUGCCCUAAAGUGUCCAGUCCCCCAGGUUUUGCAUCCACUGGGGGGGCUACAACAUUAGAGUGGCUUGUUAACCCAAAGUCUAUGUUUGAGCACUUGCAGAAAAAUAAGGAGAAUAAAGAAGAAAACGUUUUUCCAAAAUACAGAUCGAAAGAACACAAUGAGAAAGUUAAAGCAAUGGUUGCUAUGGUGUCAUGUGGCUCAGAUGUAUCCACGAUCCCUGGCUUCCCCUCUGCUCCACAUCCAAAAACUGAGGUGGGGCCAAGUAGUGUGCAUCUUGUUCCCUCCUGCACUAAAGUUUCUAGUCUCCUUGGUUUUCCAUCCAUUGAGAAGGAUAGGUGGGCAGGGUGGGUUGUUGACCAGAAGCCAUUGUUGAAGAGACCACUAAAGGAAAGGAAAGUCAUUAUUGACAGCUCAAAAGCAGACCAAGAGGAAAUGAAAACCAAUGUUCCUUUGAGGCUAUCAUGUCCACACUCUGCAAGGAUCCCUGGCUUCCCAUCUGUACCACAACCCAAUAUGAUGAUGAUUUUGCCUGCUUGCUCUAAAGCUUCCAGUGAGGAGGCUACAACAUUAAAGUGGCUUGUUGACCCCAAGCCUGUGUUUGAGCACUUGCUGAAGAAGAAGAAGAAGGAGGAAGAUGUUUUUCCAAAAGACAAAUCAAAAGAAGACAUUGACAAAAUGAAACCAGUAGUUGCUUUGGUGCCAUGUUGCCCAGAAGCAGCCAUCAUUCCUGGCUUCCCCUCUUGCUUCCCCUCUGGCUUCCCCUCUGUACCACAACCCAACGAUGUCUACUUGGGGCAAACUGUAGUCAACCUUCUUCCAUCUUGCCCAAAAGUCUCCAGUAUUGCAGGUUUCCCAUCUCAUCAGCAAACUGACAGAAAAUAUUGGCACACAGAUCCACCCAGAGAUCAUCAGCCAUUAUGGGAGAAGCAACUGAAAAAGAAGCAGAAGUUAUUGAUGGAAAUAUCAGAAAAAGACAAACAAGAAAUGAAAGGAAUGGUGGCUCUGGUACCAUCAUGUCCUACUGCAGCAAGUAUUCCUGGCUUCCCCUCUACACCACAUCCCAAAGCUGAGGUAGAGCUAAGUAUGUUGAGUCUUGUGCUCGCUUGCCCCAAAAUGUCCAGUCUCCCUGGUUUUGCAUCCACUGAUGGGGCUACAGCAUUAGAGUGGCUUGUUGACCCAAAAUCUAUGUUUGAGCACUUGCAGAAGAAGAAGGAAGAGGAAGAAAACAUUCUCCCAAAAGUCAUCGGCAAAACGAAAGCAAUGGUUGCUUUGGUGCCAUGUUGCCCAGAAGAAGGCAGGAUUCCUGGCUUCCGCUCUGCACCACAACCUAAGAGGGAGCUUAAUAGUGUGGAUCUCACGCGAUCUUGCCCCAAAAGCUCCAGUCUCCCAUCGACGGCCAACGUCCAGACAGGAGACUGGCACGUUGAACAGAAGCCUUUGUUUGAGAAGAAGCUGAAAGAUAAGACCGUAAUGAUCAAAGAUUGGUCACCAGAAGACAGAGAAAAUAGGGUGUCACUGGCGCCAUCUUGCCCAUGUGAGAGUCUCACUUCUGGGUUCCCGUUCUUUACACAACUAAAAGCAAUAGAAGAACAAACCGUGUUUUCCCUAGUGCGAGCUUGUCCAAGUGAAUCUAGAGAACCAGGAUUACCUUCUAGACAGCCAUCUGAAUUAGCUCGAACCCAAGGAGAAGAAUCUGUGAGUUCUCUGCAGCCAAUGUGGGGAAAAGCAUUGAAGGAUAAUAGAUCAGAGGAUAUGGUGCUUUCCAAGCCUGACCUAAGCAGUGCAGUUGGAGAUGAAAACCUAAAAACGUUGCUUGCACUGGUACCAUCUUGCCUCGAGGCAGCAAGCAUUCCUGGUUUCCCGUCCGCCCCUCCUCACAGUCUAGAGUCUAUAGAGGCAAAUGAGACAAGUAUGCAGACAGAGAAGAAAGAGGUUACUGGAGAACCAGCAGAGUGUGUUCUAGAUAAGGGUGUCCUCGACAGCCCACAAAUAGAGAGAAUCCCAUCUGAGGAAAUCCAGAAGUCCUCUGCAGUGUUAGAACCAGAGCUGGUCUUGGGAUGGGAGGUGUUGGAGGAUGAGGGGUCUGUGGCAGAGAAGCAGCAGGAGGCCUCUGGCCUAGUACAGACCAUUUUUGGUGUCUUCUCCAGGGGUUAUGAAACAGUAGCAGCCAUGCUGGGUCCGUCUGGCUCCUCUCCAACAGAAGGUGCAGCCCCAUCAGAGAGCUCCUCUGAACCUGCCCCAGAUACAUCUACCCUCGUCCAGGAAGCAGUGUCUGGAAAGGCACCGCACCUUGAGGGCGAAACCAAAAAAACGAUUGAACUCCCAACAACCGCUGAGCCAUGCUUGUUGAAUAUGGAAGACCAACAGUCAAUGAGUGAGGCAAUGAGACAAGACACUGAGGAUGGGUUUGUUCAAGUCCAAGAUCUAAGCAGUAUGAGAAAAUGGCCGUCAUUGACGGAGGCUGACCUUACUGAGAUCUCCAGAGGAAAAUUUGUGGUAACUGGAGAAGAAGAGAUUUACCUUGACUUGUGGGCGCAAAUAGGGGAGAAAUCGACGUUAAAAGCACAGGACUCUGGACAGAUAACAGGUUAUGUUGACAUUUAUUCAGCCGGGUCACCUGUUGAGACAGAAUUAUCAACUUCAUUACACCAGGACAAGGGCGCCCAACAUGCAAGCACAGAGGAAGCCUCUGCCCCUACCUCACAACCUACUACAGACAAGUUGCUGUUAGAGCACAAGGCUCAAGAACAUAUAGUCCCCAUCCCAAAUAAACCCUCUGAUGAUCAGACACUCACCUCAGAUGAAACACAAUCGGAAGUUGCCCCUGUUGUCGCUGGCCAGGCUGUCCCUGCACAGAUAACAACUGAACUGGUCGCUCCUCAUCAUCAUGCAAAGAAACGAGACGGUAGUCUUCCUCCAGAAACUCAACAGGAAGCUGAUGACCAAGGGAUGGUUUCUAAGGUAGUCCCUUCACGGCCUCCAAGGAGAAAAGACUGUCUCACUUCAGAGCGCAAACAGAAAUCUGAGAAUGUAUCUGUACAGAAGCCCACUGAAGUGAGAGGAGACCGUAGUCUUUCAACAGAACCUCGAAAGAAAGAUGAUGUCCAGAAGUGUUUCACUACCCAGGCACCAGAGGAGAUGGUACCAUCACAUCCUGGUAGGAAAAUAUAUAGUUGUCUUUCAACAGAGCCUCAACAAAAAACUGAACUGGUCCCUCCUCGCCGUACUAAGACAAGCCUCACUAAAGAGACACCACAGGCAACCGCCGUUAUCCCAGCUCCACGCACAAGGGGAACCUAUAGUGCUUCCAGUGCAGAACGUUCACAGAAACGUGGCCAGGGAGCCACUGAACUGAUUCUACCAUGGCCUGUGAAGAAACAAAACAGCUUCACUCCAGAGCCAUCUCAGAAAGCUGAUGAGCCAGAGAAUGUGAUUGCCCAGGCGGUCGCUAAGCUGAUUCCACCUCAACGCACCAGGAAAGCAUCUCUCUCUCCCGAACCGCGACAGAAAGCUCACGAUUUAAAGACUGUUACUGGUAAGGCCACAAUUGUUCCCCUAACUCCAUAUCGUGUACCUACAGAGUCAUACCCCGAGUUUGGUAUGGGAGAGACUGCCCCCCUCUCGAUCAUCAGAAAAAUAGCCCCGCCCAGGCGCAGCAAAAGAACUCAUUCUCCCCCAGUGGAAUCAAGCAAAGCAGAGGAUGGCACAGAUGAAGCUAUGGCUUUAGAGGCCCUGAAUGCUGCCAACCAGGGGUCUACAGCUCCAGCCCAGAUACAGGAUCUUAUGAUAACCUUUUCAAAGGAGUCUGAGGUGGAGACGCAGUCUCCGGAAGUGACAGAGACAGCCACUGAGUCACUCGAAGAUGAGCCAGCUCAGAAGUCCUCACCAGAAGUUACAGACCCAUUUGAAAAGGUUGAGGCGGAGAAGCAGACCUUGGAAGUGACUGAAACAACCAAUGAUUCACUUGAAGAUGAGCCAGCUCAGAAGGCCUCAACAGAGGACAUUGCACCAGGAGUAAAGGUGAAAGGCAAGCAGGAGAUCUUUCCAGUCCCAAAGCCUCGUGGGAAACGAGACCCAACCCCACCUGUCCAAACAGAUGCUACCCGACCAACGACCUGGCAUGCCUCUAUUGGGGAUAACACCCAGUCUACCAGAGAUGGAGGACAGUCACCUGCAGCCUCUGGGCUGGUACCACCUCAACGCAACAAGAGGAGCAGUAGUCUUCCUCCCGUACCCCCUCGUGGCCAGCUUGCAGCAUCUGGGGAAGUGGUGGUUGCUCCUCUGCGUAAAAGGAGCAGUAAGCUAAACAUAAAACAAUCAAGCAUGCCUGUUCCAGUUCCCCGCUCUAAAAAAUGCCUUAGUUCCUCUUUUUCUGAUGGAAAUCCUCCAAUGGACUCCUCAUUCACCAGACAGGCAGACUCCCUUGAGGGCUCACUGUCUCUCUCUCAGGAAGACAAACAAGACACCAGUCAGGAAGCCUCAGAGGGUUCAAUAUCAUUAACCUCAAACAUGGCCUCCAAUGGGAGCUUUGUCACUAUUUCUCGCUCAGAGGAGAUGUCACCAGAAGUACAACUCUGUGAGAAGGGACUGGAGGAGAGCUGGAUCUUCACAGAAACCACUAUGUUCACAGAGGCCUUCACAGAAACUGCUAUGGUCAGUGAGUUCUUCGUAGACACUGUAAGAGAGGACAUUGAGAGGGGUUCAGAGGUAGAGGCUGACUUUGAGAAGGGACUGGAGGAGAGCAUGGAAAGCUGGACCUUUACAGAUACUACCAUGGUCACUCAGGCCUUCACAGAAACCCCUAUGGUCACUGAGUUUUUUGAAGACACUGUAAUCAAGGAUAUUGAGAGAGGUUCAGAGGCAGAAGUGCUUGACACGACCUCUCCAACCACCGGUACACCAGCUGAGGACGACUGGUUACGUGUUGAGGGAGCCAAAGAGACAGAGCAGAUGGAGGUAGAGAGCAAAGACAUGUGGGUUGAAGAGAUGGACUUUGGCUUUGAGUCAGUAGACAUAUCUGCUGGUGGCUUAGAUGAGGAGAGACAGCAGGGGGCAGCAGACGAGCCAACAACGCCUAAAGGCAGAGCUGUAAUCUCUCAGGAAACGGGUCUAGGCAGUGCUGCUUCCCCAGAAGGCCUGAUGGCCAGUCCUGGCCUUGUUACCUCCAGCCAGUCCCUACUGGAGUGGUGUCAGGAAGUCAUCAAAGAACACAAGGGGGUCAAGAUCACCAACUUCAGCACAUCCUGGAGGAACGGCCUGGCCUUCUGUGCCCUGCUACACCACUUCCACCCGGACAGGAUAAACUUUGAGAUGCUGGACCCUUAUGACAUCAAGCGCAACAACAAGAAGGCCUUCGACGGUUUCGCAGAGUUGGGCAUCUCUCGGCUGAUAGAGCCCUCGGACAUGGUCCUCCUGGCCGUGCCUGACCGCCUCAUCGUCAUGACAUACCUCAACCAGAUCCGCACCUACUUCACGGGCCAGGAGCUGAGCGUGCUGCACAUCGAGGCGGACAGCAGUGAGUCCAGUUACGGCAUGGCCGGGGAGAGCCGGGAGGGCCCCGACCCGGAGGCCGCCGCACGCUACUGUCAACGGAUCCAAGAUGAGGCCCUCACAAUGGAGACCAAUGUGGGCGCUGCAGAGAAGAAGGCAGAUAAUGACACUAAGGAGGGCACCAAUAGGGAAGUGGUCCCACCCCCUAGAACCAAACGACUGCAGGCUGCAGGGGAAGCAGGAGGGGCCCAAGCCCCCGUCGUACCCCACAGGACACAUUUUUUAUCUGCCAAGUCUGGGUUCUCCCACCUAAAGGAUGUAGAUCUGGUUAAGAAACGACGGUCACAACGCAGGUCAAUAGACGAGGCAGACUCAACCGAGGUUGCUGCAGCACAGGAAGAGAGUGGAGCUGACAGAAUCAAAUCGGAAACAGGAAGGACAGCUGGUGAAGAAGGACGAUCGGCUGAGGAGGACACCAGCCAGUAUGUGCUGAGGGAGAUGCAGGCCCUAGAGUUUGAACAGAAGCACAUUGACAGCAGGGCAGACAUUGUGGAAAGUAGUCUACGGCUACUGAUGGAGUCGGGUAGUGACAAGAUGCAGGAGGAGAAGCUGAUCCAGGAGUGGUUCACUCUGGUCAACAAGAAGAACGCCCUCAUCAGGAGACAAGACCAACUACAGCUACUGCAAGAAGAGCAGGACCUGGAAAUGAGGUUUGAGAUGCUGAACCGAGAGCUGAGAGACAUGAUGGCUAUUGAAGAGUGGCAGAAGACAGCGGCCCAUAAACACAGGGAGCAGCUGCUACUGCAGGAGCUGGUGUCUCUGGUCAACCUGAGGGAUGAGCUGGUCCACGACAUGGACGCCAAGGAGAAAGGGGCUCUGGAGGAGGACGAGAGGCUGGAGAGAGGCCUGGAGCAGAGACGAAGGAAGUACAGCAAGAAGAGCAAGCAGGAGAAGUGUGCACUGCAGUAAGGCCUGGCGUUGGACACACCCGAACCAGUGGAAGGUCACACCCGAACCAUGCAGCCCAGUGGAAGGUCACACCUGAACCAGGCAGCCCAGUGGAAGGUCACCAGGAUGCACAUUGGGACUAAAGUUGUAUGUGUGUGGAUCAUGACAUCAACACUGCAUGGAAGAGACUGAGAACUGUGUUAUGGGACUGCACUAGGAGGACAUAACACAAUGUUCACCCACCCCCCUCUAUGAUAUGACUGAGCCUCAACCUAUGACUGGUUGUCAACAGUCACCCUGCUCUUCAGAUUGUGUUUUGAUUGGAUUUAAGUUUCGUUUUUUUGUGCAUAGCGUGUGUAUACUGUAGGGUUUUCAUUUUAAGUAAAUAACUCAAGGACACUAGAGAAGCUUAACCAAGUAUAAUUCUUCCCAAAGGGUCGAUACAGCUGUAAGUCAGACACAGACAUGGCUUCCCCCGUGGUGGUAGUCAUACCCCACUUUGGGUGGAGUCUCCUCAUCUCUAAACAUUGCAUCAUUCUUGCUAAAUGUGGGCGGCAGGGUAUCCUAGUGGUUAGAGCGUUUGGACUAGUAACCGAACGGUUGCAAGUUCAAAUCCCCGAGCUGACAAGGUACAAAUCUGUCAUUCUGCCCCUGAACAGGCAGUUAACCCACUAUUCCUAGUCAUUGAAAAUAAGAAUUUGUUCUUAACUGACUUGCCUAGUUAAAUAAAGGUAAAAUAUAUAUAUUUUUUUACUUCAGGUCACAAAGACAUAUCCCUAACUAACUAAUCACCAGAUUAAGUGCCUUACACUUUUAGAAAAAACCAUUCCAAAAUGGUUCUUCAACUGUCCCCAUAGGAUUUUUGAUUCCAGGUAGAACCUUUUUUGGUUCCAGGUAGAACCCUCUCAGGUUUUACAUGGAACACAAAAGGGUUCUACAUGGAAUCAAAAGGGUUCUACCUGGAACCAAAAAUAGUUCUUCAAAGGGUUCUCCUAUGGGGAUAGCCAAUGAACCAUUUUAGGUUCUAGAUGGCACCUUUCUUUCUAAGAUACUGUAGAAUCUGUUACAGUAGUGUAUUAUGGGUUACUUCAAAAAGGUAUUUUCUACUGAGUGGGAUAUUAGGGAAGGGGCAGGGCUCCUGUACUUAGCUACAUCAAAUACCUACAUUAGACCCAUGCAGCAGGUGGAUUGAUUCACCCCUUUUCACCGAUUGUUAAAUAAGCCGUCUGAUUAUUGAAAAUUACAAUGGCGAAAUGGAAGUGAAGUGCUGAAUUUGUGCAAACAAAGAAUGCCAAAACGAGCUUCCUCAUUUAUUGCAGUAUGUUGGCUUGGACUGUGCAGACAGCACACAGCGAGCACCUGUUGUCUGAUUCUUUAUUGGAGGUGAAUGUAUGUGGAUGCUCCAACACUCAAGCAGAGUGGGAGAUCUUGGAUGAAAGAGGCAAAGGACAGAAGUCAGUAUACUGCAGCUUGGUGUCUGAAAGAACAAAGCAGUUUAAACAUGUUGGAAAUAUUUGAAGCUUUUAUUUAUUGAAUAGGUAUUCGACAGAUAAUCCGACCUAUCCUGCCUGUCAUAUGUGCCUUUAACCAGAUCCAGAGAAAAAAGAAAUGUUCAGAAGUAGGACUCACCUUUGUGUUCCUAGUUCUCACAUGUUUAUGCAGUGAGUUCAGUUACUGUUUGUGACAUUAGUCUUGUCAUGCCUUGUUUUCCAUUGAUUGUUUGUUGUUGUUUCGAAAGGUAAAUAAGGAAGCGGUGGAGUCUGAAAAUGAUCCAUUUCAAGAUGCUCUAAAAUGCUAGAGAACAGGAAUAUUCAAACGGGAAACAUGAGGCAAAUGCACGUUUCUUAGUGUUUCCAUCUUAACCGUACAACUAUCCAUUGCUAAAGUCUUAUGCACAUUCAUAUUAGCAAAUCUGUAACGUGCAAAAGUGUAUGCAGUAAACAAAUAACCCUCAAACAAAAAAAUACACUUUACUUUAGAUAAAAUAUAUUCUAGUAUUAAAACUCCAGCACUUCGCUACAGCAGGAUUACUGCAGAUGUAGGAUCUGAAUUUGAGACAGUUUGCUACAGCAGGAUUACUGCAGAUGUAGGAUCUGAAUUUGAGACAGUUUGCUACAGCAGGAUUACUGCAGAUGUAGGAUCUGAAUUUGAGACAGUUUGCUACAGCAGGAUUACUGCAGAUGUAGGAUCUGAAUUUGAGACAGUUUGCUACAGCAGGAUUACUGCAGAUGUAGGAUCUGAAUUUGAGACAGUUUGCUACAGCAGGAUUACUGCAGAUGUAGGAUCUGAAUUUGAGACAGUUUGCUACAGCAGGAUUACUGCAGAUGUAGGAUCUGAAUUUGAGACAGUUUGCUACAGCAGGAUUACUGCAGAUGUAGGAUCUGAAUUUGAGACAGUUUGCUACAGCAGGAUUACUGCAGAUGUAGGAUCUGAAUUUGAGACAGUUUGCUACAGCAGGAAAAGAAUCUUGCAGCAACAGGAAAUGUGAAUUAUUAUGUGGAUUAUAAGUAAUGGACAUUUUGUAUGGGGUUGAUACAUUUAUAAUUAGGGCAAAUCAAGUCUGAAAUUUCAAGGUGGAAAUUACAAACUUUAGAAGAAUUUUUAAAACUCAAAUACACUACAAGUUUGCGUUUCCUGCCGUGCAGGAAAAUUCUCUGCAACAAAAGAGUGAUCAAAUGAAGAUCCUACAUCUAUAUUAUUGGCCAGGCAGGAGUGCACCAGAGCAUGAUAUUUGCUUGACAUCUUCUCCUCUACACUUUGUGUAAUGUUAAGUUAUCAUGAGCGCAGGCGUUUCUAUUUCAGUGGGAGGAACUACUUAACAGAGUAAAAACAUGAUUCUGUCUGGAGUUAUUUUGGGUGACACUGGAGAGUGAUUUAAAAAAAAAAAAAUUUAGAAGUGUUUGAAUUUGUGUUCCAGCUUGUUCCCCCUCUGCCCCACUGUUGUUAGUUACUGUGUUAAUGUUCCUACCACUGUGUGAGUUUGAGAUAUUUUACUUUCAGUUUUCUGAAAUAGCUUUUGGGGAAGGUUUUGUUUGUUUUAAUGUACAUUUGCACUAUUUGUGAUGUUUGGAGAAUUAAAAGGUAUCUUGGAUCACUA